AAUAUUGACUCUGCAGCCUAAUAGUUGCCUAGUAAUACGGGUAAGUGGGAAUGAAGGUGGCCUCGAUCUCGUCAUGGUGGGCCUCACCACCCCCACCGUUCUCAAUGUCAUUGGCGUUAACAAGCCCCGCUUUGGUGCUAAUAGUCGUCUUCGUGGUAUAAUAUGCUGGCCUAUAACUACAGUCCAUCCCCAAACGUUCCUGUCUUUCACUUCAUUGGUAUGUCCUCGACGUUAGACCUCACUCAAGAAACAUCAAUGGACACCUUCAAGAGAGGACAACUUUGGAUGGACGACGGGAAUAUCAUACUCAUCGCCGGAGAUUGUAGCUUUAGAGUCCAUCGAAGUGUCCUCUCACGACAUUCUCAAGUCUUUAAAGACAUGUUCACGAUUCCGAACCUAGACAUUCAGUCCGAGGAGAUCGACGGAGUCCCUAUCAUGCGAGUCUCGGAUCGCCCAUCUGAGCUAUGCACCUUUCUCUCUGCUAUGUAUGAUGGUAUCAGCUUUUGUAGUCCAGAUGCGGGUCUGCCAUUUGAGAUCGUCGUUUCUCUGAUUCGGCUGGGUACGAAGUACCAAGCAAACCAUCUACAAAAUAUGGGUCUACGACACCUCCACCCCUUUCUCUCACGGUUACUCGAAGAAGAACCUAAGAAACCCUCGCCUUCAUUGGACGAGACAUGGAAACCUGAAUGCGCCAUCACCCUCGUAAACCUAGCGGACAGUCUCGAUCUUACUGACAUCCUCCCAAUCGCGCUUUACGGAUGUUGUCAACUCGAAAUGUCCAUCGUGGACGGUAUUCGUCACUCAGACGACAUAGUUGAACGCCUCACCCCAACCAAUCUCAAACGUUGUCUGAAUGCACGGACUCACCUUGUCAUCGCACAGUCUCGCGUUAUGUCUGACGUUCACUUUUGCAUUGCUGGAUGUGAUUGUCAACGACGAGACAACAGGGACGAAUGUCUGGCGAAGACGUUUCUCGUUCGUACACAACCUCAUUCUCCUGGUCUGGUUGUCUGGAAUCCGUUGCGUCGUCUUGACAUGUGGUGGAAAGAGAUUUCUGCGAUCUCCUUGUGCACUAUUUGCUCAUCUGUGGUCAAAACAUUCUACAUCGCUCAGAGGCAGAGAAUUAUCUCCGAUCUCCCUGAAAUGUUCUGUUUGACGUCGACAUCGAAUGCAUAUUGCGGAGCAUAGGGCACGAGAUUUCCAGAAGCAAGAUGACUUCAAUAGCAGGGUAUAAAACACUACUGGCAAUGCACGUGGACCUUUCGCCCUCCUCCCGCGCUGCCUGAAUCGCUCACCAUUUUCCUUUCCUGCCUUCGAGAUCAUGCAUCUGGACCCCAGAACGGCGCCUUUAGUUAUGGGGGUGUCUAGAUUGGCAUCCUCAUCUCUGGAGAUGCCUGUCUUGCUAUCGGACUUUUGGGCUACAGUCGGGGCGCGUGGAGUCGCGGGCACAAAGGUCUUCGCAGAAGGCUUUAAUCUAGUCGCAGGGGAAGACACCACCGUCGCAGUCGUGGUGACAGGGGCCAGUAGCAAUGGCUUGGCGAGACGUUGUGCCGAUCCUCGUUUAGAUACCGAAGGCUUCACAACAGGACGUGAUGAGUAACAGAGACCAAGUCCAGGGUAGUAGAUUGGAGUCGCAUCUGGAGAUGCCUUCGGAGGCGGUGGCAAAGGCUUACUAGCAGCAGUUGCUUGGUGCGCCAUGGGAAUGAGGGGUCGCCGAAUAAACGGCCCCUGAAUACGAAUUGGUGAUUGAGGAACCAGAGGGCGAGAUGGACGUCCGAGGCCCAGGUUGGCGUAAGCAUUCCGGCGGAGCAGUGCGCGAGGUAUGGGCUCAGUAGCGGAGGUCCUAGGCGUUGUCUCGACUGCUGUACGCCCGCUAGGUGCCUCUUUCUCUUCUACACGCCGUCGCAGCCUAGCAAUAUCGAGACGAGGACGAGCCACAGACGACACCCCCUCCCAGUUCGUGGUUUUAUCAUCGGUAUCUUGGACGGCAGGAGACGUAUUACCCGAAGAAGUGCUAGGGAUUUUCUGUGAUUCGCACAUAUACAUGUGUUGUGGAUCACCGGGUAUCUGAGCACAUCGGGUUUCUCCUUCGUGGUUCACCGAAGUAGAGGCAAGAGAGCGAGCAGACAGAUGCUUUGCCGGAUCCAAGAGGAGACAGACACUUUCUCGGAGUAUCGCUCUGCAUAGAUGGUACGCCUGUAUCAAGGUAAAUCAGGACUAAUGUAUGGGUUUACUUGACAAAGACAUACGAAUG